GGUUUAUGCCGGUGCGUAGCAACACUCCUCUUUGUGUUUGGUUUCGAUGCUGCACCAAAGAAUAAUGCAUGCGACGCCUGUAUUUUUCUAUAUCAGUCUUUGCCUUCAAAUGUUUACCGUUUCUUCAGAACAUCCCAUGUAUUCAUUCCAAAGAAGCGUGUCUGCUCUUCUCCACUUCACCGACCAAUGGCGGCCCACCCUUGCAGUUACUCCGGAAGAGACUCGCCUUUUGACACCAGCCCUAAUUUACACUCCCAAUGCGAAUCUGCUCGAAUUUUUGAACAACCAAUUUUUGGCUAAUGAUACAGAAUGCUACUUGGACAUCAGAAACAUUCUGAAUGAUAUUCUGGCCAGAAAACCAGGGUCUUUCGCUUGGUUGGACGCAUCUGGGAAACCGCCCCCUGGCAUUUCCGGGGGUGCUUUACAUUGGCCUGGAAGUUUCGACCUUUGCCUAAGCAUAUCUACUAAAACCUAUCCCGGAUCGCAUGUAAUAAAUCCCCUGUAUUGCUCUUUAUUGAUCAUUCCUACUGGAAAAGAGGCUUUUGACAAACCGGUGACUGGGGUGAAUAUUGGACUCUGCGUACCCCGAACUUGCAGUAUCCAACAAUUGAGCGCAUUGAUUGACGCAACAUCCUUGUCUGAUGUCGCAGUGGACAAAUCGAGCAGCUUCUGCCAUAGUAGUCCAGCCGGAUUACCCAAGGAUACCUGGUUUUGGAUCGCUAUCUCUCUGCUACUCUUUGGCCUCAUCUUGUUCACUUUUGGCUCUGCUAUGGAUCUACUCGCUUGGAUGCAAUGGCGCCUGGCUCGCGAACGUGGUCGAGACUGGUUGAGGCAGUUCAUGGCUCAUUCGGUCGGGUCCACAGACAUCGACACCACCGAUAUAGAGCACCUUACAGAUACCGCGUCGAGUUCAGCCGAGGACCCUGAACAGAACCUUGUCUCACUGGGAUCCGAGAGACAAAAUAAAUCGCUGGCAUUUACGGAGUUCCGCUGUGGCUACUUCUCUCAGCGUGGUCUGUGUUCAAACAUCCUCGGAGCUUUCUCACCAAUUUUCAACUUACACCAACUGUGGUAUUCCGAACGCCCCCUGAUUGUCGAUCCGGAAGGCAAAUUUGUCCAGUACCCGUUGAGCUGCUUAGAUGGCACUCGCUUCCUCACCAUGUGCUGGAUCAUCUUCGGCCAUUGCGUUGUGUUCAUCUUCCACCUUUCAAAUAAUCCUGAUCUUUACCUGCCUCAUAGCCUUCGCCGUUGGACGUUCCAAGCCGUGGUGAGCGGUACCCUCUCUGUGGAUACCUUCUUUUUCAUGUCCGGUUUGUUGGCUUCCUACGGUUUGUUACCUCGCUUCUCAAAUCAUCUUGGGUGCGCAAGAAAAAUCCGCUUUUGGAUUUGUUACGUCUUACAUCGUGUCAUCCGUCUAACCCCAGCAUACGUCUUGGUUUUGCUCCUCUACACCGGUUUAUUUAUCCAUCUCAACGAUGGACCGCUGUAUCCCCAACGUGCGGAUCUGUUGGAUGUGCAGUACUGCAGACAUCACUGGUGGGUGACCUACCUCAAUAACUUCAUGUACACUGACAGACAAUGUAUGUCAUGGACGUGGUAUCUGGCCAACGAAUUUCAGUUUUCCGUCCUUCUGGCUCCUAUCUUCAUUAGCCUGGUCAACUGUCAACCGGCUCCCAUUAUUCUCAGUGACCUGACACUGACUGUGAUUUUCCUCGCUGUGCUCACAAUCAGCUACGGUCUGGCUGUCCCUCUCACUAUACUCACUGAGUUUCCCUUGAUCACGAUUGAGCGUUUGGUUCGGACACGCUAA